GUGGGGCGCCGAGGAUCGCAGUGCGCGUGGCCGCGGCGGCUGGUGUGGGGUUGAGUCAGUUGUGAGACCCGGAGCUGCGGACGGGCGGGCGGCCCAGCGAGCCGGCGACAGAGCGGCGGGCGUCGGGUUCGGGAGCCGAGCGCUGGCCCCGCGUCAAGUCGGGCCGAGCCGCGCCGCAGUCGCCGCCGCCGCCGCCGCCCCCCGCCCGCAGCCAGCGACCCGCCGCGGGCGCGCACCCGCUCUGCGCUGUCUCCGAUGGCGUCCGCCUCCGGGGCCAUGGCGAAGCACGAGCAGAUCCUGGUCCUCGACCCGCCCACAGACCUCAAAUUCAAAGGCCCCUUCACAGAUGUAGUCACUACAAAUCUUAAGUUGCGAAAUCCAUCGGAUAGAAAGGUGUGUUUCAAAGUGAAGACUACAGCACCUCGUCGGUACUGUGUGAGGCCCAACAGUGGAAUUAUUGACCCAGGGUUGACUGUGACUGUUUCAGUAAUGCUGCAGCCUUUUGACUAUGACCCCAAUGAGAAGAGUAAACACAAGUUUAUGGUACAGACCAUCUUUGCUCCACCAAACAUUUCAGACAUGGAAGCUGUGUGGAAAGAGGCAAAACCCGAUGAAUUGAUGGAUUCUAAAUUGAGAUGUGUAUUUGAAAUGCCCAAUGAAAAUGAUAAAUUGAACGACAUGGAACCCAGCAAAGCCGUUCCCCUGAACGCUGCGAAGCAGGACGGGCCCGUGCCAAAGCCACACAGUGUUUCCCUCAAUGAUACUGAGACGAGGAAGCUCAUGGAAGAGUGCAAGAGGCUCCAGGGAGAGAUGAUGAAGCUAUCGGAAGAAAACCGACACCUGAGAGAUGAAGGCUUAAGGCUCAGAAAGGUAGCACAUUCGGAUAAACCUGGAUCCACCUCAGCUGCAUCCUUCAGAGAUAAUGUCACCAGUCCUCUUCCUUCACUUCUUGUUGUAAUUGCAGCCAUUUUCAUUGGAUUCUUUCUAGGGAAAUUCAUCUUGUAGAGUGAAGCAUGCAGAGUGCUAUUUCUUUUUUUUUCUCUUGACCAGAAAAAGAUUUGUUUACCUACCAUCUCACUGGUAGUGUGGCCCACGGUGACCAUUCUUUGUGUGUACAGCGUCAUAUAGGCCUCGCCUGUAACAGUCUCACGGUUAGAAACACAGUAAGAGCAGAGUGUUGGGCUCCCGGACAGCGUGAACGUCACCAGACCAUCCCUAGCAGGUGUCAUUGCACAUUCAGUCCUUUAUGAAAUUCAUAAGUAAAGAAUUGUUCUUUCUUUGUGGUUUUAAUAAGAGUUCAAGAAUUGUUCAGAGUCUUGUAAAUGUUAUUUUAAUAAUCCCUUUAAAUUUUAUCUGUUGCUGUUACCUCUUGAAAUAUGAUUUAUUUAGAUUGCUAAUCCCACUCAUUCAGGAAAUGCCAAGAGGUAUUCUGUGGGGAAAUGGUGCCUCUUACAGUGUAAAUUUUCUCCUUUACCUUUGCUAAUAUCAUGGCAGAAUUUUUCUUAUCCCUUGUGAGGCAGUUGUUGACUGAGUUUUUCAUCCUUCCAACCCUGUCCCAUGGUAUUUAACACAAAAAUAAUAAAACUGUUAACAGAUUCUUGCUCGA